AUGAAAUUCCCAUCUAGCAUGUCCUCUCUGGCUCAAAAGAUCAGUAGAGAAACGGAAAAGGUCGAGAUGUACUUUCGAGACCGAGGAUUGCCUCUCCCCAGCUUUGAUGCUGAUGCUCCCGGUGACUUCGAAAACUUGCCCGAGGAUAUCGCAAGAAGUCGCAGAGAGGUGAUUCAAACAACGAGCGAGUUACGAGAUCUUAUGGUCAGUCCGAAAGAACGUGUAAGAUGGCUGGCUUGGGAUUUUCUCGGUACACAGAGCUUGCAGUUACUGUCCCAUUUCGGGAUACCGAAACUUGUUCCUAUCGAGGGUACAAUCACGCUUACAGAACUGCAAAGCAAGACAACCCUCGACCCCACCAAUCUCGCCCGCGUUCUACGCCAUGCCAUGACAAAACGCAUCUUCAUCGAGCCGUCGCCUGGGGUCAUCGCCCACACAGCCGCCUCGAGACUUCUUGUCGAGGACGAGAGCCUCAACGCCUGGGUUGGUUUCAACACGGAGGACAUCUACCCAGCCUCUAGCCACGUCCUCGAAGCUAUUACGAAGUAUCCCGAAGCGACCAACUUGACCCGCACCGGAUUCAAUGUUGCCUUUAACACGGUUGACCAGGAACCCAUGUUCGUCACGUUUGGCAAGGACCCCAAACGUGCCCGACGCAUGGCCCUCGCUAUGAGCAGCCUAACUGGCGGCGAGGGAUACGAGGUCUCCUACCUAGUCAACGAAGAUAUCUUUUCGGACAUCGAUGCGCGUGGGGGCACGCUGGUCGAUAUGGGCGGUAGCCACGGCUUCAUAUCCGUCGACCUAGCCAAGCGAUACCGUAACAUGAGAUUCAUCGUACAAGACCUACCCAAGACAGUCAGCAGCGCCCCCAACCCCAUCAGUGACGACACUCAGGUCGUGGAGCGCGUCGUCUUCCAGGCGCACGAUUUCUUCACCCCGCAGGUGGCGAAGGAUGCAGAUGUGUAUUUCUUCCGGUGGAUCAUCCACAACUACUCCAAGCCGUACGCGGUGCAGAUCCUGCGGAACUUGAUACCGGCGCUAAAACCUGGGGCGAGGAUUGUGAUUAAUGAUAUUUGUCUCAAGGAGCCCGGCAUGGAGACCCCGUGGAACGAGCAGCUGAUACGGAGCAUGGAUAUGGUUAUGAUGACGCUGCUGAAUGCGCAGGAGAGGCAGGAGUGGGAGUUUAGGGAGUUGUUUGAGUUGGCGGAUAAGGGGUUUGUCUUUAAGGGCAUCACUAGACCGAAAGGCUGCCGAUUGAGUAUUGUGAAUGCGGUUUGGAAGCCCGAUGAAGUUGGGAAGAACUUCAGCUUGGGCUUGGCUUCGGGUUUGGGUUCGGGGGAGGAUAGGAAUGAAGUAAACGGCAAAAUUUGA